ACAUUCUCAUUCGUAGAAAUACAAACUUCCUAUUUAGGGUUUCAUAAGCAAAUAUUUUUGUGAUUGCAAUUUAUGCGUGUAUACACACAUUUACAGACGUGUGCACAUGCUGUUCGGGGAAAAUAUUUUCUGCCUCUUUCGGCGAACUGAAAUAUGUGUUGCUUCUUUCCUGUUUGUUGUCUGAGGUGCAGCAUGUGUCAAAAUGACAUAAUGUAAAGAAGCUUUAAAGUCUGUAGGAGCGUCACAUCAGUGCAGAGCUCAGUCUACCAAGCGGCCACCUGACGGAUUCAUUAAGAGUGUUUAUUGCAUCUACUGUGACUAUGGUGUGGACACAGCAUCUCAGUAACCUGGUGUUGGGUGUGUACGGCUUCACGCUGAUCACAGGCCUUCCCGCAAACAUCCUGGCUUUCUACACGUUCUUCCAGAAGGUUCGGCAGCGCUCCACUCCAAUGGACGUGCUGUUACUCAGCUUGACCAUCUCUGACCUGGUCUUCCUCUUCUUCCUGCCCUUCCGCAUGGUAGAGGCGGCCAACAUGAAGUGGACACUGCCAUAUUUCCUCUGCCCGCUGUCGGGUUUCAUCUUCUACUCCAUCAUCUGCAACAGCGUCCUCCAUCUGACGGCCAUCAGUGUUGAGCGAUACCUCGGUGUGGCUUUUCCUAUUAAAUACAAGCUUAAACGCAACCCCAGGAAUGCAUUGAUCGCCACUGUCAUAUUCUGGUUGGUGUCAAUGGCGCACUGCAGUGUUGUUUAUGUCACGCAGUACUUCAAUUAUUUCAACCCCAACAUCACUGAUCCGUCCAAGCGUAACACAUGCUAUGAAGAAUUCAGCUCUGAACAGCUGAAGAUCCUUCUUCCGGUUCGACUAGAGCUUUCCUUUGUGUUUUUCCUCUUUCCUUUCAUCAUCUGCUGCUUCUGCUACAUCAAGUGCAUCCUCAUACUGUCCCGUUUGUCCAAUGUCAAUGCUAAGAAGCGUUUUAGAGCCAUCGGGAUGGCGUUGGGAACACUUUUGGUUUUUGCUAUCUGUUUCAUGCCCUUCAACAUCUCUCACGUAGAGGGUUUUAUAAAUAACUACAGCUCUGAAUGGAGAACACCAGCUCUGCUCAGCAGCACGCUCAAUGCAUGUCUCGAUCCUUUCGUUUUCUACUUCUCGUCUUCGGCGCUCAGAGAGACUUUCAAGAACGUCCUGAGGGCACUGGUGAGGCGUUUGCCUUGUCCCUGGUUCCAUUCGGCUGUUCGCGGUCCCUUAUUCACCCAGGGGAAAACUGUGGGGAGAAAUGAUGAGAAAACGCAGAGCACUGAUGACAGCAUCCGCUAGCAUAUUAUCAAGUCAUUUUCGUUUUGCAUUGAUCGGUCUGCUGUGCAUUGCAUGUCAAUGCAUGUCAUUUAUACAGCCAGCUUACGCUUAAUGAAGAUGAGCAGUUUGCUUUCUGAAAGAAAGUCAAGCAUGCACAUGCUGAUUACAUGAGUAUUUUAGCCAGUACAGGCUCAUUGGGAAAAUGUGCCCAGGGAUACAUUUUUGAGAACUGAGAAAUAGAGUUGAAGUCAGAAUUAUUAGCCCUCACAUAUAUUUUGUGUUUAACGGAAAGAAGAUUUUUGCAGCACAUUUCUAAACAUAACAGUUUUAAUAACUCAUUUCUAAUAACUGAUUUAUCUUUGCCAUGAUGACAGUAAAUAAUAUUUGACUAGAUAUUCUUCAAGACACUUCUAUACAGCUUAAAGUGACAUUUAAAGGCUUAACUAGGUUAACAAGGCAAGUUAGAGUAAUUAGGCAAGUCAUUGUAUAACAGUGGUUUGU